AGACAGCGAUACAGCCCGACCGAUUUUCGUAGCCGCUCAUCUCUACACUGUACUGAUUCUAUGAACAAGAGAAAAUUCUUCUUGUGCAGAAGAAGAAAAUCUAAUCAGUACUAGAAGAAAGAAAAAUGGAACAAGUACAACGAGAUUCGAGUUUGACACCCAGCACGAACAAGAUGACGUCAUCUUCAUCCUCAACUUACUUGGACGUUCGCGUCUUUAGCAAGCGGACUCUGGGAACCUCUCUUGUUUUCAUAGACGCGAUUGCUGUUCUAGACGACCAACCUCGUGUAGUGGAGCUAUGCCUUCCAGGGAAUCUCGUUGCGUCGAAAGUUACCAAGCAUGAGAAUGAUUUACUGGAGAUGUCUAAGCCUAUAUCGAAACUCCUUGAGAUCCCACGCGACUCUCGGCCGGCAGAAAGCAUUCGGGCGACAUCUGGUUGUAAAAAGCGGGGAGAACAAGUACAAAGCGAACCUGCUCUCGUGAGUGUUACCUCCACCAAAGAAAAAGCUGAUGAAGAGAUGAAGAACGAGGAAGACGUGUCCCAAACAGCACAAGCGCAGGGAUCUGAUGAGUGUACCGCUCCAAUUAUACCUUCAAUGCUCAACAGCACACGACCAUCUUCAGCAUCGCACUCUAGUACCAAGGAGGACGAUGCAAUUUCAACGACCGGGGAGCCGAAGCCAAAGAAGAUGAGGUGGACUGAGCAGCAGGCCGCUUUGAACUUGAAGAAAAAAAUGGCGAGUGAAGGCGCAGCAGCAAGCGACAUUAAGGUCGGCGAUGUCUUACGACUGUCCGAGUUUCGAAGAGAUGCAGCAGACCCACGACUACCACGCAUAGCAAUCCUCAAUGUUACAGCUUUUGCCUUCCUGGAACCCUGGGCAGACACAUUUGUUGGCCAGAAAGUGCCCUUCCCUUUCCACCCGCCUGUGUGGUUCGCGGAGAAGAAACAAGAACCUAAACGGUCGAAGAGACUGAAGGAAACGAAAAUAAAGCCGCUUCUAGGGCAAGAGGAUCCAUCUAUGGCCACAAAUGCUUCUAUUGCACUCGGAGCUUGUCGCUCUUCUUCUUCUUGUUCGCCACCAUCACCACUCGGGUAUCGUCGACCGGCUAUGAUUCUGCAGUGCCACCUGCCUCAAGCAGAGCGUGUUGCCGAAUAUUUCCAGGGUGUUGUAGCUUCCAACUGCACAAAGGACCGACUUGUCUACGUCUUCGACGAUGACGGAAACGAAAACCAGGAAGAAAAUAACGUGGGCCAGGAAAAAAAUCAUGAACUGGACUUCAAAAAGAAACUCCUGACACUUCGCAGGCAGUUCAUCUCAAAACACGCGCAUCACGAAGCGGUUGAGAAUGGCAGCGAAGCAUCAACGCCGUCCACGACAGGACUGUCCCUUUCCGACGCGGAUGUUCCGACGUUUUUCCGCAGUGUUAUUCACAGAAUCUAUUUCGUCGAUUACGCCUCAAAGCCUUUUGUGUCUCUCAAGGACUGUUUAGCGUACUUGGGCAGCCUACGUGGAUGGACGGAAGACCCACGAACGACCGAACGUAAGACCCUUUGCUUCCCAAAAGAGAUCGAGACAAUAUUGUUCCAAAAAAGACUCGCGGAAUUCCAGAAACUAAAUUCUAAUUGUGUUGGUAGCACCACUCGUGGGGGAGGAAGUGCUUCUUCGACGUCCUCAGCCGAAGUAGCUGAGUGCAAAACAAAUCGCGCAACUGCUGUUGGUGGAGCCGGAGAAAAAACAGAGGACGAAGAAAACGAAACUCCUCUUCUGGAACAAGAUAUAUUAAAGAUUCUCUCAACAGCACCAGUGUCGAGCGUUAGCUGCGAUUCAGUUUGCUACGCUGACGGUCUGUAUUUCGUGGGAACCAACGUGCCGCGUGUGCUGAUUCCGGAGAGAGCGAAACAGGCAGUUCCAUCGGCAGCCUACUGGAAACUUCUGGAGAUCAGAGACAGGUACCUUUCGAAGAAUGGCGGUGCAGGCGUCUCCAGCUACUCGAAACGCAACCUUGCUAUAGAUCUUGGAGCGUCGCCUGGGGGAUGGAGUUUCUGUCUAGCUAGAGAAUUUGGAACGCGCCGCGUUCUCGCCGUUGACCCUGCAGCACACAUGCACGACAUGGUACGCGAGAUUUUAUCGAAAGUUGUCGUCGUAGGAGGAGACAAAAAAAGCACGUCAUCCACUUUCAUCUCGCAGCAAGCUGCUACUGGAGUCAUCGAGGGUCAUCAAGUAGAAAUAGAAAAGCCGGACGGAGUAGAGGAGGAUAAAAGUACAGCAGCAUCGUCGCCUGCAUCAUCGGUUGCCAGCGAAAGCAAAACGAAUGGUACUGAAGUGAAUGAAGCUUCCGCUUCGUCUAGUACAACUGCGGGGGAGGCUAGGAAAGCUAUCGAGCAUUGGCGCAUGCGCUCUGAUGACGCUCUUGCAAAACUGGCAGCUAAACAUUCUAUGGGAAGUAUGAGUGAAGCCAAAAUCGCAGUUUUUGUCUGUGAUAUGAAUGACGAACCUGAAAAAAAUGCGGAACAAUUCGCAGUCGCAGCUCGUUCCAACCUUCUGGAAGCUCAUUGUUUGGUGGUUCUCACCAUGAAAAACGUGUAUCGAUCGAGGGGCGAGUUUGCGGAAAAAGUAGCUGUUUGCAAAAAAAGGCUAGAAGGUGAGGAACUGCGUCUAAAGAACGUCGAAGAGAUCCAUUUAUUCGCAAACACGCGUCUUGAGACAACACUGGUCGGAGAAUGGUUCGGAUGACCAACGAGCAGAAUGCGGCAAGAGGCUAGUAUUUCACUACUAGACCCAACAGUAAGAGUAAUGUUCCUGCUCAGCCUCACCGCACGCAACGAUAAGAUGAAGGACAUCUACUACCUCUACUUGCUUGAAAAUAGUUCUUCAUCUAGUCCUGAUUCUACCUACAACAAUUCCGAAAUUUACCACAUCUUUCAAUGCACAACAGAAACGCCAACCAAAAUACAUAAGCAGUACAGCGUUUUGACAAGUUUCUAUUCGUUGCUAUCCUUCCGCUGUUCAUCACAUCCAAUGAUUGGUCGUCCAUAAUCUGAGAGCAUAGAAGGAGAUUUAGUUGGUGGUGGAUCCAUUUGAAUCGGUCAUUACGACUAUGCAUGAUUUA